CGCUAUGUCAUCUGCAACUAAAUACGCUUGUUGAUCGGAGUGGCACAGCAGCCUCUACAACAGCAGAUCCAACCGUCCCUUAUAAUGGUUUAAAAUAGUCUAUUAGAGAUACAGCCAUGGAAGGAGAUAUUAAGAAUACCCUAGACACUGUAGCAGUUGAGAAAUUGUCUACGGAAAAACGGGAUCCAACUAAUCUCUUAAAUAAAGAGUGCAAGACUGAAGACAACAUGAGCAAGAAUAGCAAAAUGAAGAAAAUAAAGAAAUUGUUGUGCAAGAGUGAGGACUAUCCCACCAGCAUCUUCUACAUUGUCACCAUGGAGUUUUGUGAAAGGUUUUCAUACUAUGGCAUGAAAACAAUUUUGGUGAUCUAUUUGACCAAAAAACUUCUGUUUGAUGAGAACAGUGCCACUGCCCUGUACCAUAUCUUUAGCAUGCUGUGUUACUUCACCCCUUUAUUUGGUGCUAUGCUGGCUGAUGGAUACCUGGGAAAGUUCAAGACAAUUCUUUACUUGUCUAUAGUAUAUGGCAUAGGAAAUUUGAUCAUGUCUCUUACUGCAUUACCACCUCCAGAAAGUAUUGGUCCCUCAGUGGGGCUCUUACUUAUUGGUAUUGGUACGGGAGGAAUUAAGCCAUGUGUUUCUUCAUUUGGUGGGGACCAAUUCCUAGCUAACCAGGCCCAUCUUGUGGCUAGCUACUUCUCACUGUUCUACUUUGCUAUCAAUGCUGGAAGCCUCAUCUCCACCUUCAUUACACCAGUGCUCAGAGCUGAUGUCCACUGCCUUGGAGCCAAUGAUUGUUAUCUCUUGGCCUUUGGUAUGCCUGCAGCACUGAUGAUCGUAGCUUUAUUGGUUUUUGUUUGUGGAAAGUCUUCUUAUAAGAUCAACCCACCCACUGGUAACCUUCUGGGAAAAGUUUUCAAAUGUAUUGGGAGAGCAAUCAAAAAUAAAUUUAGCAGACAAAAUAAGUUUGAAAUGCGGGACCAUUGGUUAGACUACGCAGAUGAUGUCUAUGAAAGCAGCUUCAUAGAAGAUGUGAAAGCAGCAUUACAUGUGCUCUUUAUGUUUCUUCCCUUGCCCAUUUUCUGGUCUCUUUUUGACCAGCAGGGGUCAAGAUGGACACUACAGGCAGAGAAAAUGGAUGGACAGAUUGUUGGAUCAUGGAUUCUCAAACCAGAUCAGAUGCAGGUGAUAAAUCCAGUGCUUAUAAUACUGCUCAUUCCAUUUUUUGAAACUCUUGUUUAUCCUUGUCUGGACAAGUGUAAAAUUCCAAACAGGCCACUCCAGAGGAUGUGUAUGGGGAUGCUCUUUGCCGGAUGUGCCUUCAUUAUAGCAGGCUUUGUACAGAUCAAGAUAGAUAGCACAAUAGAGCCUCCUUUAGACCAGGGUCAGUCUAAGCUGUCCUAUAUAAAUGCCUUGUCCUGCCCUGUCAACAUAUCUAGUAGCUUUUAUAAUGGGACCUUGGACUACACACAGGGUGCUGGCCCAAUAAAGAUAAAGAGUGGCAACUAUAGUGUCAAGUUCUCAGCAUCUUGUGCCAGCCCUCAAGAAGUGCAAUUUCCCCUGAACCUGCAGAGUCAGAAAGGUUAUGAAACGGUGAUAGCCAACAAUGGAGGGCAACUAAAAGCUUCACGGCUAGAUGAUCAUUUAGAUAAACCCAAAAAAGGACAGGCUUUAAUAAG